CUUAUUAAAUAGAUAUUGUUUGUUUGAGACCCCAAUAACAACUAUAAGGUAUUGAGCGAGAUUACGACUGUAGAGAAUGGUGUUCCGAGAAGAUAUGCAGAUGGCGGUUGAUUCUCCCCCCGGUGGGGGUCAAGAGGAGGAGAUUGAUCACGAGCAGUUCACUCUGUUGCUGGAGUGGAUUGACGAGAUGCCUCUCACGAGGGUGAAAAGAAAUCUAAACAGGGACUUCUCUGACGCAGUAUUGGUGGCAGAAGUGAUCCACCAUCAGCUGGCGGAGAGCAAAGUGGCCCAGUUGGUGGAGAAGCACAACUACCAGAGUGCUAAUUCCUCCGAGAACAAAAAGGCCAACUGGGAGCUCCUCAGACACAAAGUGCUGCGGAAGCUGCCGAUGCCUCCGCCGGGACUAACAGACAGGGAUAUUCAAGACUUCAUCAGUGCGAAGGAGAAUGCAAUUGAGAGGUUUCUGCUCAAACUCAGACCAGCACUCGACCAGUACAUCAAACGACGCAAGACUGAACAGGCCGGAGGAAAAGAUACUUCACAUUACCCCACGCCCGGUUAUCCCAGGGCAUACUCUAAGAGAGAAACACACAUGAUUGCUCAUGGAGGAGGAUCCAAUUCAAUUGGAGGAAAAUCGAAAGCACAGCCCGGGAAUUAUGACGCCUUGCCUGCUUGGGCUAAGAUGGAAAUGUCUGACAGGGAACAGAAAUUGGGGGCGGCUGAGGAGACCAUUCAGAUUCUUUCUGCCAAAGUGAAAAAACUGGAGCGACUUGUUUACCUUAAGGACUUAAGACUCAAUCAACUAGAAAAGGGAGAUGGCGCCAACUAACCGAACGGAGAGAAGUCGAAACCCAAAUCAUAUCAGAUUGCACCCAACAGGCAGAAAGCAGUUAUUUUCGACCAGAUGAAACUAUCCAGAGCGCACUACUUAGACUUAGAGUUAAAUUGAAUACGAGGCAUUCGAAGAACUCAGUUUAUAAAAUAAGUUGCUUAAAGAAGCGGUAAUAUUAAGCUGAUAUGCAGCUUAAGCUCACACGAGGUCAUGCUUAAAUAAGGGCCAGCUAAACCAUUUGAUGUUUCGCGCUUUAGUUUUUGUUAACAUCAAGUCACAGACUUGACUAACUUGAGUGAUUUUGUUAUCUGAUAUAUAUUUUGAGAAAAAAAAUUGAAUCGGUUGCCGAAAUUAAUUCAAUGCUUGGUUCAAUUCAAACGGCCUACAGAGAAGAAUCUCUUUUAAUGUUUCAACUGAUGAAUUUUUCAGAUAAAAUAGCUGUUUUUCUCAUAAGGUGAUGCUAUAAUUUCAAAUUCAAUAAUUUAGUGUGUAAGGAGUAGUUGUUCAUGAUCAUUGUAAAUAGAAAGUGUAAAUCUUGUUCAUAGGUUUUGGUUUACUCUAUGUAUAAAUUUAGUUUCUACAAUUGUUUGGAAUUUCUAAUUUAAGGAUCCAUAAA